AUGGAGUCGAUUUAUCCGGUGACGAAUAAUCAAUCCCGGCGUAAACAGAAGAAGAAACCACCACCGUCUCGAUUAUCGUUACAGAAAUGGAGAUCGGAGAAACAACAACAGAUUUACUCGACGAAUAUCAUUCAAUCUCUGAGAAAACUCCGGAUUAACGACGCCGAAAAAACGGAUCCAUCGCCGUCUCUUCCUCGCCGCGACGGAGGAAAAGCCGUACGAGACGCCGCUUAUAGAUCAUUGGCGGUUACGGCGAGAGGCAAAACACUCUGGAGCAGAGCUAUAUUAUCUAAAUCCGUCAAACUCAGUUUCAGGAAACGAAACCGGUCGAGGAUUGGAUCAAUAACCGGGAAUAACCGGUUAAGGAAAAACCGAGCGACGGUUUUGACGAAAGGUUUACCAGUUGUACAGAGGAAAGUGAAAUUGCUUAGCCGGUUAAUUCCCGGUUGCCGGAAACAAUCGUUCCCGGUGGUUUUAGAAGAAACCACUGAUUAUAUUGUUGCGAUGGAGAUGCAAAUUCGAGCUUUGAAUGCAAUUAUCUCCGUCGUUGGCUCCGGUUCAAGCUCGACGGCGGCGCCACCGCCGGAUAUGGGUCAUGGUAGGGAAGAUACACAUAUGUUCGGUUAG